AUGUCAGCGGUACAUGGACGAACAGACCGACCGGGAAACAGCACGACCACUACACCACGUGUAGACAAGUAUCAGACAUUGACGACAGGCUCGACCGCAUCGCCUCCGCUCGGAUUGAUAGUCUCGAAUAGGAAUCUGUCCAGCUACAGCAACGACGAGGACGAAGACGAGGACGAGGACGAGGACCAGGAGAACGGGGACGUGACCAUGGAUGAGGUGCAGGGGAUGGAUCACGGGAUCACUGGGGUGGACAACGGUUCGACCCCAUUGAACGUUUUCGCUGGCUCGUCCGGGUCGUCAACUUCGCCCACCAUCUGGCCCCAAAUCGACGGUACCACCAACACUAGCAGCAACAUAGAUACACCCACCACCACCACCAAGACCAUUAACAGCAUCAACACCAGCACCAACUUCGACAACAUCAACAACAGGAAACGAAAGACCUCCGACGAGCCCACCGAAGAGGGUACAGAUGGACGAGGUCCCAUCAUCCCCUCUACUCGCAUCGACCCCACCUUGGAGACGACCGCUACGAUUCCGAUGCCCGGCCUCUCGCUCAUCAGCGACACUAUGAUGACCGACCCCCAAUCCAAUUCCAUGACGACCGACCCCGAUUCCACUUCCAUGACGACACAUCUUAUUACCAUCCCAACGCCCUCGCACACGUCAACGCACACGCCUAUGCGAAUGAGCAAACGAGCUCGAAUCAAUCCCAUCGAACCGACCACAUGCGACUCGAUCUCGACCUCAACCUCGGCAUCGACAUCGAGAUUGGACGCGCUCGACCCAGCCACCCGGGACGAGAACGAGAACGGCGACGGCGAUGGCGAUAGCGAUGGUAUAAAACACGGCGGAGGGACCGGCAACAACAAUGACGAAAACAACGACAAGAACAAGAUCAACAACAACGGCACAGCAACGGUAAUGGGCAAGGGACCGACCUCCGGACACGGAGCAUCGUUCGUCUCGAUUCGAUCUGGCCAGAAGGGUGGGAAGUCGAGGUCUUUCCGUAUUUGCCGAGACCGACUCGAAUGGCCGGGGGGAGGAUGGGAGUGGGACUGGGAGUGGGACUGGGAGUGCGAGGGGUCGGGUUGUAGGGGGGUCGGGAGCGGCGUCCUCAUCUACGUUCGCGUCGGCGUCGGCCUCGACAUCGAUGUCCACGUCCACCCCGAGAGGACCCGUUUGGGGGAACUGGGUCUACCACGAACUAGCCCAAAUCGGACAACUACUCGUCCCCCUCGAACCGCGGACGACGUCGUUUUCCCUGGACCCGGGGUAUCAACCCCGGUUAAAUUUGCCCAAGAGAAAUCGGGCAAGAGCCGGGAGUGGACUUCCAGGGAUCUGAGGGCGUUGGCGAAAGCCACGUCAAAGGCGAUGAAGGCGGGUCAUGUUGAAGGGUACGAGAUUACGCCGGAUGAACGGAGGAAAUUGAUGGAGAAUUACCCGAUGAGCUUGGGCGACCUGCCGCUACACGAUCACGUUGGACCGAUCCCAUCAUCCAGCUCGACCUCGACCUCGGCCACGGCCGCGACCACGACCUCAGCAACGACGCGAGCUGGAUAUACCAGCACUACCAGUGAUGUCCUCGCCGGAUCGUCCCUUCUCGAUCGCGAAGAAGGAGACGAACACGUGACCGAGUUUUCCCUGUCCUGUCUGCGAAUGAGCGGGCACAUCCCUCCCUUUAACAAGACGCAAAGGAGACUCACCGGGACGAUCCUCCGCGAUGGCGAGUACCGCUGGUGGGGAAGCCCGUUGGGAUUGACGGGAAUGGGACAAGAGAAGAGAGGGGAUAGUCGGCUGAUGACCAUGCUCGACCCGUCUCUCCCACCCCCUGGUGCUCGGAACCGAUCGUCCCGUCGGCUAUUGGCUACCCCUCUCACACCCGGUCAUCGCUCAACGAUCCCAUCGAUGUUGGUGUCCACUUGCGUCUCCUUGCCCGAUGCACACGGGUUGGAUGUGUUCACAUGGAUCGACCCUGUCUGUACCCACCCCGCUACCCGUCGCGACGUCGUUCUUGGAAACCUGCCAUCUCGAUGCACCUUUCCCAUCGGUCGAGUGGCCGGCCGCGCCGGACGAAGGACCCAGAUUGGGACUCCGAGCGCUCGAUCUAAUCACCUCGGCUUGUCCCCCUCUGUUACCCCGGCAGAUACACGCAAGUCUUCGUUCGGAUGUCGUACAGGUCCAGUUCACCCUCGCUCACCAGCUUUGCCCAUAGUCUUGGUUGAUCAAGCAGGUCCGAGAGAUGACGGAGAAGACCGACGGUACCGAGACUCGCGGUCCGGGUACCAAGGAUGGGAUCUAUACCGACAUUGCCGUUUCCGACCUCGAGGAGCAGAUAACCGAGUGAGCUUGAGGAGGCGAUAUCUCGGGUCGACCGCAGCGACUGAUCUCGUCGUUUUGUCGGUUCCCGUCACCGCUGAUAGAGCUACAUCCAGCCAGUUACCGGUAUGGGUCGCUCUUUGGGAGGACUAUACCCCAUGCAAGUCGGUAUACAACCUCAUGGCCCAGUUCCCGUUUGUCAAGGAUUCAAAGGGGAUACAAUGCUGGCUCGAGCGUAUCGGUCCGACGGGAGCCUGGAACCCGUUUUCUCAGACGACGUCGGUCUGGGCCGGCUUGAAGCAGGUCUGCAAGGCGGCCGAGCGGCAGUUUGGACUGCGUCUGACCAUCGACCUCACCAACCGCGAAUGCAGUUCACGCUUGUGUGACAUGCAAACAGGAUUACCGAAGUUUUGGGUAAACCGCGGCAACAUGCCGACCGAAUUCGAAACGCUGUCAUCGGACGACACACGGACCAUCCAAAUGCUCCUUCCCGAUGUCCUGAGGAUGCCGGACGUCGAACCGGGGCCGUAUCGAGCGACCGGCCUGAGCCAUAGCCUCAUCAUAUCGGGAGCGGGGACCUUUACCUACGAACAAGGCAAGCCACAUGGAAUCGCGCUCAGCCUGUACGCAGGCCACGUUCUGUUGUGCGUAAAGAACCGCCGAAUGCGACUUCAAGCGAGCCUCGAGGGUGUCUGGGCGCCCCGUUUGAUCGCUCCCGGUGUCUCAAUCAUCAUACCCUCGACCACCGAGUACUGCUGGAUCAAUCUCUCGGAUACCAUCGUCCAGACGCACGACUGGCACUCCCAUCUGCUUUGGGUACCUACUCGCCGACUCUUCAGUUCGGGAGUCUACCUAGCCGAUUUUUAUCGCAUCCGUGGACGAAGCAAUGUCGCCGGGGUGCUCAUAGGAAUCGUGCUUGGUCUCGCUACAUUUGAACAGAACAGCCGGGCGUGUGGGCCCAUCGGGAUCGAUAGCCAGCUCGAAGCACUGGAGGCGGUCAGGGAGAUCAUAAAGGCCUUGCACCGGAAUGUGGGGGAUGUGUUCUACGACCCGCGGCAGCGAGUCGAGAGGGCGGCCAUCCGUAUCCUGUCUCAAUGA